AGGAAGCUCCGACGCCGAAGCUCUCAAACCAAGCCUGGCGAAAAUCAUCGAAAUCGAUGGAUAUAGCGCCAACGUCAACAGACCUGGGUACCCAACAUUAUAACAACAACAAGAAGAAGAAGCAUGCUGCUGACGAUUUUCUGAAUGGGGUCGGUCAUGCAUGCUGAGGACGGAGACAAGUAAGACCUGGAUAGAUGUAUAGUAUAGUCAUCAUGGAGAAAUUGAAAGAUUUCCUCAGACAGAGAGGGCUGAAGGAAGACAUAAUCCAGAAAAUGGUUGAAGAUAAGGUUGAUGUGGAAAUAAUCCCAUUGCUUGAUGAUAAGAAACUUGCCGAGUACAUCCCAGCAUAUGGAGACCGGGUAGCAGUGGUAACAUUUUGCAAGUGUGAAUCAGGGCCAUCAUACUCUACUAGUUCACCAAAAGCAGCAAAGCCAUCAAUGGUAGACAGAUUAAAAAUGAAGAUCAAGAAAUCUCAGAAGAAAAAUAUUGGUAACAGGAAUGCAGAAAAAGAGGAAAGGAGGGUGGAGAUAGGGUGGAAAGACUUUGAUGUGGCCAGUAUGGAGUACAAGCAGAUUCGAACAUCUAAGGGUGGCGGAACGUUGGGGAAAAAUGCAACAGCUGGCGAUGUCAUCAAGGAGGGGAGGAGACUUUUCUUUCCAGAUAAUAUGUCAUUCAGAGGUCAUGUGGAUGAUUUCUAUUUCCAUGUGGAAGAUUUUCGAGGAAAGCUAUUUUCCGAGGGUAAUGUAGAAGAUCUGUACCUAGAGACAGAAGUAAAAAUGUUGCGGAUAUAUAUUUGCUCAAAGAAGAAGGGAAAGAGUCAAAAGACAUCCAAUGACACUGACGAAGACAUCUCAUUCUAUCCUGAUGAGGCAGAUGAGGACUUGGAUGAAACAUUACCAAUGAUUCCGUUGACUCCGGAAACGGGUAUUAGCCAUACUGCCAUUGAGUCAGUAAUUGAUCUAACCCUCUUUGAAUUAGUGCCACAACCAGAACAGGAGCAGGAAAUGGAGUCCGAUCAUGAGCAACCGAGCACUAGCAAUGCUCCACCCUCAAGAACUGAAGGUCUUGCUAUUGAGGAACCACUACUAACACAAGGUCUACAAAUUCUGGGAGAAGAGUUGGAAAAGCGUUCAUUGGUAAAGCUGCACAGAUGCAUGGUUAUAACUGAACUCCUGUGUAUUUUCAAAGCACCUGAUAUGAUGACAUCCCCUCUAAAAUUCGAGUUUGUGGACGAACUUGGAAUUGAUGCAGAAGGAGUGUCGAGAGAUGUUUACACAAUCUUUUGGAAACAAUUUUUUGAAAUGUAUGCUGAUGGGGAAGAUUUCAGAGUUCCAGGUUUGUGCCCAGAACUAGGGCCAGAAGAGUGGAAAGCCGUUGGAAGAAUCCUUGUGAAAGGAUUCAUAGACCACAAAAUUUUCCCUCUUAGAAUGGCACCAGCUUUCGUCAUUGGCAUGCUAUUUGGUGAAGAUGCAGUCCUGCCUGACACUUUGAUGGAGUCUUUCAAGCUUUACCUAAAUGAUGGAGAUCGAGCUUGUGUUCAGUCUGCACUGUCUGGAAACACAACAGAGGAAGAGCAUGAAGCACUCGUUGACCUCCUUGACCGAGAAGGUGGGCAUACCAUACCAAAAGAAGGGGAAUCAUUAGCACUUAUGUUCCAGUUGGCGCACAAGGUCAUCAUCCAGAACGGGAGCUAUGCGAUGCAGUGUAUGAGGGAAGUUGUGACUCCUCAGUUGUUAAGCAAGCUUCCAACCCCCUCGGUAGUUCUCAGCAUAUACCAAGAGCUCCAACCUACAACAAAGAAAGUCUGUGAGAUCUUUUCAGCUAUUCCAUCCAACCAGGAAGAGUCAAACUCGGUGCGUUUCCUCAUGCAGUACAUUAAGGGGCAAGACAAGAAAGGAUUGAAAAAAUUAAUGCAUUUUCUGACAGGAUCUGAAGUGAUGAGCGUUUCCAAAAUAAUGGUUCAAUUCACGUCUCUAGAAGGUGCAGGCAGGCGACCAGUGGCACAUACAUGUGGGCCUACUCUUGAACUUCCAAGUACCUAUGGAAGUUACCGGGAAUUUCGCCAAGAGUGGGAUUGUGUAUUAGCAUCAGGAUAUAUGAACUUUGAUUUUGGUUAAUGGCUACUGGUUACUCGUACAUUUCCUCCAGGGUACUGCACAGUUUCAAGUUUAAUCUUGAAUUUUGUUGCUUUAUAUCUUAAAUUAAUGCGGGAAACUGUCAAAUAUCGGUGUAUUGGCUUUGAGAAACAUGAAGGCUUACCCAAGUUCAAAGUUGACUUCCCGUACGCAGCAUACAUCAUUAAUUAAAUAUGCAGCAUAAACAUAACACUACCUGACUACAUUUUGCAGAAAACCCUUUAUUUUUGUCCUUUAUUAAACUUCCUCAGAACAACUCAUUGCUUUAUGAAGAUGAAAGUAGGCUGUCUUCUCUAAUUGUUUACAUUUAUUAAUUAGCUUGAAAUUUGUAGGUGUGAGACAUAUGGCAGUGAUAGCAAUUGUGCAUAUUUGCAAAGGUUUAGUAUUAAACAUCUUCAUGCUUCAGAUAUGGUGUUGAAACACCAAAAAAUUAUAUUGAAUGAAUUAAUAUGCAGAAAUCAAUCUGGUAUUUAUACAUACAAUGUAGUGUAUCACAAAAGUGUACUCUCAGAAAAUGGCUUCCCAAGUAACUUUGGUACCAAAUGUAUAAACGUAUUUCACCAUUUCAGAUAAAUUUGGGUGUGCGUGAUUCAGUGAUGAUCUCAUUUUGCCAUUACAUUCACUCUUUGGUGGGCAUAGACGAUUUUUGUGAAAGGUGAACAAAUCUUCUGUGUCACUUUUGGAAAAUCUGUUUACUAACAUUACCAUAGAGACAACCACUUCCCGCUGCAUUUUUUUUCUUGCUCCGAAUAUGCUUUGAUUGGAUGAAUAUAGAUGUAUGUACAUUAUUCAAUUUUCCUUUUAAUAAUGAGCUCAAAUUUAUCAAAAUGGUAUUUGACAUCAGAAAGAGACAAAAUUGAAAACCAAUCCAAAGAAAGAAGUAUGUGCAGCAAUAGAGCCCCAAUUUAAAAUAGGUAGAUUUUAUGUCGAUUCACUCUUAAGUAAUCGAAAUGAGGUAUUCUACCCUAUAAUUAAAAUGAUCUGUUGUUAAAAUGUACAUGAUACAAGGCAUAUCAUGUUCAAAGCACUUAAAGAGAACCUUCAUUUUGAAUUAGAUUAAUGUAGGACCAAUUUGGUUCACGAAGAGAGUUCAAGAGACUGUAGAAUAUCAAUGUUUUUGUACAAUGAUGGUGUUAAAUUCAAUGACUAUAAUAUGCCAAAUAUUUUGUACAUUUUGAUACACUGCACUUUGUUUUGAUAUUGGCUCUUCUUGUCAAGAUUUUCCCUUGUUUUCAUUGUAUAAAUGGGCUUUUUUUAACAUGAUGUUUCUAUAGAAGAGAACCCAUCUUUGUUUAAUUAACAAGUGAAUUUUGGUUCACUGUUUUGAGUUUAAAUCAUAUUAGACCCAGGAAUUCCACAAAGAAACACAGAACAGUCAUAAUAUGAUGUUAAAACCCAAAGGGGGGGGGGACUCAGAUUUGGUUCUGAUGGGAGUGUGUCGCUGAAGCCGCAAAACCCAACCCAUUUUUAAGGUUCAUUUUGGCGGAGAAGGGAACCCAUUAUUAGGGGUUUUAUUAAGAAUAAUUACCUUUUUGUGCAAUUUAUCGACGAAAUGGGCAAAAAUAUAUAGUAUAAUUUUUUUGGCCAAAAAGUCGCCCAUUAGAGCGUCACACUCCUGUACUGUGUAUACCUUACUAGGCAUGUACCCCCCCCCCCCCCCCCCGGUGUUCAAGGAUAUUGGAUUAAGUGGGUUUAUGAAGUGACAUGAAAAGAACAUUCAGGGUGGUGUGUUUUAAUGUUGGACCCAAGGAUAUACAUGUAUCGUGAAGAUCCAAGAGAACCUUCAUGCCAUGUUUUAUUCGGAUCAAAUGGGUUUAAUAUGGUGUUGUGUUCUAAUGUUAUUGGUCCAAGGCAUAUAAUGAAGAACCAAGAGAACCUUCAAUUCGUUUACUUUACGGUAUAUUAUUGGAAAAAGUUAGUUAAAGAAGAAUUGACCCGUUGAAGACGAGCUUAUUUUGCUAUAACACACAUUUCCCGUAGACCCCAGCCGGAGUAUAAUCAGGACUAGUCUUCAACGGGUUAUUAGGACUUUCAUAUUGUUGUGUUUUGACUAUCUACCAAUCUUGCAAAUAACCAUGAACAUGGUAGGUAGGCGUAUUGCUUUGAGAACAGUUAUGGUGUUGUGUUUUAAUGUUGUUUGGUUAAGGCAUAUCAUAAAGUACCAAGAGAAUCCUUCAUGUUGUUAAUUUUAACUGGACCAAAUGACCAUAGUGAAAGAACGUUUAUGGCGUUUUUGUGUUUUAUUGUUAUUGGUCCAAGGCAUAUUAUAAAAAACCAGAGAAUUUUCUUUUGUUUACUUAAAUAUGUUAUUGGAACAAGUUGGUUUAAGAAGAAUUAAUGAUACGACUUUCAUUUUGCUGUGUUUCACUAUCUACCAAUCUUGAAAAUAACCAUGUACAUUGUCCCACUUGCAGAUUCCAUUGAAUGUGUGUUUUUGGUAACAUACAUGUACUUGUAGGGCUCCACAGUCCACAGUAAAUUUGUUUGGUUCAGUGCCACUUUCCAUUUAGGGUCAAUUAUGUUUUUUGUUUUAAACUUUGGGGCCUUAAUUAGAUGGUCACAAGUAACGCAUACCCACAGCUGCUGGCCCAUGCAGUGCCAUAAUGCUACUGAGUCCAUGAGUCCGAGUUGUAUGUAUAACACAUAGAACAUCAAAGGCAAGUCUGGAAGAUAAUCAAGUUGAUUUAAUUACAUGUAGUAAUAUGACAUGAACAGAACAAUUACAAUAUGUCCAAGGCGAACAAAGCAGUAAGAAAGUUGAGUAUGAAAAACUUCAAUAAAAUGCUUAAGAUGCCUACAGAGUGCCUAUGUAGUCCUUAUAGAUUUUGUACCGAGAUCUGUGUCAAUCUUUUUUUCUACUUUCAAUAAAAAGUUACAAGAAAUCAA